AGGGCAGUGGAUGCGGUUUUCGAGAGCGACAGUGCGUGCAUUUGGGUGAGAAGCUGAUGGGCCGGCAGCAGAAACACCGAGGGCCUUUACUGCUUUGCUUUUAAUUUGUUUGCCACGGGGCCGGCUGGGCUCUGAGCGAUUCGAGCUGCAUCGGGACCGCGCCAGAACCUGGAAACGAAAUAAAAUAAAUAUUCGGAGGAAAGAGGGAGAAAGCAGGCAGUAAAUAAACUGCACGGAGGUGGUAAAGCACCCAACAGGAGAGAGAGAGAGUGGUGAAGGAAACCUAUCAGAGGAGACGGGAGAUAAUCAGGGAAGGGCCGGAGGGACAGAAGGAAACAUCAGUGUAGGAAGAGGGCGAGACGAAGGAAAGGGGGGAAAAAGGACAAGAGAGUGAGCGGAAAUUGAACCAGGCGCGAGGGAGGGAGAUCGAGACUUUGGAAGAUAUAAACAGCAGAUACAACAGAAGGGAGGAGAAAGGCAAACAGUAAACAGGGAAGGAGUAGAAAACAGUGGAACAAGGUGUAACGAACAAAAGCCGAGAAACGAAAUGAGUGAGGGUGGAAUAACAAACUGCAGAGGUAGACCCUAAAGGAAAGAAGAAAUAUAAUAAAACCAGUUAAGGAGAAAAACUAAACUGGGGAGGUUGGGGGGGGGGGUGGUGGAAGAAUAGCAAAACCUGAAGAGGGAGACCGAAAUAAGGGGAAAGGGGCUAUUUUAGAACCUGUAGGGAAGGGACGAAAUUCAGCAACUCUGGGGGUCGGGAGAAGGGGCAACGGGCCCCUGGUGAAAGCAAGAUAUUUUACUAACAUUUCAGAAAGCAAAAACAAGAACAGAGAGAUACUGAGGAAAAACACCGUGGAGAAUAUUAAUGAGGACCGCAAAGUGAAGAGGAUGAAAUUAAUGAAGCGGACAGGGAGCAAUAUAGAAUAAGUAGGGCAAUGAUGUCUACAUUAAAGCAGGGGAGAAGCCUGUGAGAAACAAACUGUCAGAUAGGAGAAUAUAAUGUAAAACAGCUUCUAAAGAAAUGCAGAAAUCGAAAAAAGACAGACUAAAUAUGUGAAGUGAAGGAAUAUAAAAUAUCAGAAGAAAAGUAAUUUACUUUGAAAAUAUUUAAAUGCAAAUCAGAGGGAAUCAGUAAAGGUCUGAAAUCAGUUAAAACAAGACUGGCGCCAUAUGACGUUACACAAAUAGAACAAAGCAAGUUAGAAUACUGAUUGGAACGGAGGAGUGAAUAUUGAUGGGAUAAAGGGAAGGUUACAAAGACUAUUCAUUACACAGUACAGAGGCAUAUAGUUAUUGGGAUCAUUGGAGAGGAAAGGUUAUUGGGAUAUCGAAAAUAUAAUCUGGAAAUUAGAAGAAUUCGUAUUUUCAACAUGGGAAGGAAGAAAAAGUCUCUGCACGAUUAUGCUGCUGAAUUCUGUGACCUGUCUGUGAAAAGGCAUGUUGUUGAGCAAAAGGAAGGAGGAGAAAGAGAUUUAGUGGAGAUUUUGUAUUGUAAAUCCUGUGAGAUUCCAAUGAGUGCUCGGAGGGACCGCAUUUUAGAACACUUGGCAUCGGCUAGGCACUACCGCAACAAACGACUGGAGAAGCAUACUUCAGCCAGGCUUCAUGCUACAACGUUGCUGAUGUCCCCUCCUGUAGACUUUGCUGCUGGCAUGUCCAUGCUCGACCAAUCUGUUCUACCACAGUCGUCAUCUUUUGUAUUUCAACCCAACCCGAGUUCCACCAGCUUCAGCAACAACAUUUCACCUCCAGUGUCUCACCACCAGAAUAUGAUCUCAUUCAGGACCAGUGUAUCCAACUCUACCACCAAUACAGUGACUAUCUGCCAUGACAUGGCUACCUUAAACUGCCCAUCACGUUCAUCACCUUUAUACAAUGGCUUUCAAGUCCUUAGUCAUUCACCAUCUUCGAGACCCAGUGGGAAAAGGCACUUUCUUCCUGAAGCUCCCAAUAAUGUUGCUUCCAACAUGGCAGUGGGGCGACAUGGGAAUGGUGUUUUGAUGGGCAGCCGCAUUGGAUUGGCACUGUUUGGUGUAUGCAGUGGCAACAGAGCUUUGUUUAAAAGCAUUGAAGAAGAGAGUGACUGCUGCUUGCUGUACAUUGUAGAGGAUUGCAUCCAGGACUUGGAGUGUUCCUUCAGCGCAGACGUUCUUGCAAACACCAGGGUCUUACGGGGGCAGGAUGCUGACAUUGUGCUCAAUGACAAACGUGUCUCAGGAAUUAUUAUUUGUUCAUUGGCAGAAGAAGGCUCGGAAAUAGUCCUGGAAGCUUUACGUGCAGGUAAAGGGGUAUUCUGUGAAAAGUUACUGAGUUUAGACAAACAACUGGCUGAGUCAUGUUUCGAUGAAGCUGCAAGAUGUGGGCAACCUCUGGUCUGUGGUCUGUAUAAACGUUUUGAUCCAGCCGUGCAGUUCUUGUAUAAGAAGGUUCACAAUAAGGCUCUAGGGAGGAUUCAGCGUAUAGUCAGUGUCAGUAGAACCUUCCCAUCUCCAUCUCUAACCUAUAUCAAAAAAGCAGGUGGGAUAUUCUACGAUGGUGUAGUACAUGAUCUAGAUACUGUCUGCUGGCUACUUGGCGAAAAUGCUCCAGAUACCAUAUUCUCAUUGGGUCAUGCCUUCUGCCAAGAUAUUGCAACUCUUAAGGAUGCUGACACAGUCUCAGUUAGCAUGAAAUUUGCCAGUGGUGCUAUAGUUACGCUUGAUGUCAGCCAGCAUUGUACACGCAGCAUUGACCACAGGUUGGAGGUUCAUGGAUCAGAAGGAACACUAAGGAUGGACAAUCAGAGUGCCCUUGGAAUAACUGAACAAGGCACACCAAGACCCGUAUGCUCCCAAUUUCAUUAUGACCGAUACAAAGAUGCUUAUAGAGAUCUGAUUAAACACUUCCUCAAAACUCUGAAAGGGAAGGAAGAGCCAUUUAUCACCAAGGAGAACUUCUUGUGGACAAUUCAGGUUGCAGCGGCUGCAGAACAGUCUUGGAGGAACGGUUCAGCAGUGGAUCUGCGGAAUGAAGCCCUUGAUGGCACUGUUAUUAAAACUGAAGUGCCCUGAAAGAAACAACAAAUGCCAAGAGGUUGAAGACCAUGUUUACUUACAGUCUGCAGCAGUAACUCAUUGGAUUUGGGGGCGGGGGGAGCAGUGAAGAAAUAAAGUGAGCAGAGAGCUGUUUCAUCAACUGUUCAUUCCUCUUGUGAACCAAUAUUUCUCAAGGAGAUGUUUUAUUCCGAGUAGUGGGUUGAACUGAUAGCAAGUAGAUCAGCCUGAUGUGAGUGUUAGAGAGGGUUCGGGGAUGAGCAGGGACAGGAUGUUUGGAGGCAUGAGUUAACCCGCUGUGCAGGCUUGAUGCUGCAACAUCCCACUGAAAACGUGUUGCCAUACUAACACUCAGCAGUUGGCUACAUCCCAAAAUUGAAUGUUGCACAGGAGAAAGUGGGAGCUCCAACAUAAAUGUCAGAAAUACCUGUAGGAUCAUUAGAAACCUGUUCUAUCUCCCUCCCUCCCUUCUAGCCCUCCAGAUCAUUACUGCAUUUGCCCAUUUCAUGUGCUUUUCAGCAGUGACUAACAGAUGACUUUUCUACCCAUUGUCUACCGAUGAGUGUUUUGAACUUGAGAAAAAUACAGAUGGAAUUUGGGUGCUUUAGUGUAGGUGAGGCCCUCCCAACAGUACAUCAGGGCUGUGAGUGAAGGUUGUCUUUAAAGGCCUAGGUUAAAUAUCUAUUUGUUAGUCGAUCAUGGGGUUAAUUUAAGAAAAACUACCCUUGAAUUAGAAGCAUAUUUCCAUAUAAUUUACUGAUCUGAUGGCCUUUCGGUAACAUGAAUACUUACCGAUAUGAUUCGGUGUUUGCACGAAAUUUUACUGUACUUCAGAUGCAAUACUGGCAUUUUUACAAUCGCUGUAAUUUAAUUAAUUUAAAAUUUGGCCUAACGUAGGUUGAAAAGGCAAUUUAUUUAGAAAUAUAAGUGCUUUUAUAUUUGUAAUUAUUGGACAGUUUAGGAUUGCUUCUAAACAUGAAUACAAUUGCUGGAUUCCUACCAAUGACACAGCUGGCGUUGGGGGGUAGGGUUUGGUCACUUAAGAAGAAAGUAACUCCUUUUAUAAGCAAAUGACUUCGAAAUGAAUGGCGAUUUUUAUUUAAAACUGCACACUUUUUAAUAGAUGUAGAGAAUAUUCUUCUUUUUGUCUAAAAUGCAUUGUGUGAAUACAGCAGAUCUUAAGUUCACCCAUAAUGUUGCGUCACCAUUUACAUUAACAAUUCAAUGGGUGGUGGAAGGGCGAGGUUCAGAGCAAGAACAAACCAGCUUUCGUCGUCCAAGACACACAUCCUGGGCCCGUGCCAGUACUUAAGCCAGAGUGAUCAGAAACACUGGAAUCAAAAUCAGCAGAAAAAGCCUGUCUGUCUCAACAAACUACAGUGCAUUUUCAGAAUUACAUUGGCGUUUCCACUGUGUUGCAACUCAAGAAUCUUCUUGGAUCAAUAGAUUCCGCAAAGUCUUUUGUGUGACUUCUUUUCAAGGUGAAAUCUGGAGUUGAUGUUGGGAGAGUGUUUUUUGCAAAGAUGUGGAAGAAUAGCUUGAUCACGUAACAACACUAAAAGCUAUUGCCUAAUGAAGUUAGAUAUCGAACUUUGAUAUAAGUAUGCGCUAGCAUUUCAGUUAGGUCACUGGGCUAUUUCAUUAUUAUGUUUUUCUCAUGGGAUGUGGAUGUUAAUUUUUGCCUGUUAUAAUUGCCCUUGAACUAGAUUAGGGCGUUUUCAGAGGGAAAAUAAGAUUCAGCCACAUCUUCUGUGGGCCUGGAGUCAUAUGUAGGCUGGACCAAAGGAUGUCAGAUUUACUUCCCUGACGGUAAUGACUGAAUAACACAGGUUUUUACAACAAUCACUGACAAUUUCAUGGUUACCGCUGCUGAAACCAGCUUUUUAUUCCAGAUCUUACUAAUUGAAUUUAAAUUCCACAGCUGCCAUGAUGGGAGUUGAACCUGUGUCCCCAGAGCUUUAGCUUGGAUCCCUGACUGAAGUUCAACAUGUAGCUGAUAAUUUCGAGCAGGAUUGUUGCCCUGAUUUCCAUAUUUUGCAACAGCGUUACUGCAGGGAUAGGAGAUCAGCAGUCUGAUAUUUCGUUCAGAAACCAGUGUACGCAGUCCCCUUGUGAGAAAGCACUGACACUAAAUAUGGUGGAAGAGAAGGGAAUCAGGAUUAGUUGCUAUCUAGAAAAACAAAAAAAAAUGUGGAUGCUGGCCUGGUGGCAUUUGUGAAGAGAAAGCAUAAUUAAUGAUUUGGGCCAAUUGACCCUUCCGAACUGCUAUCUAACUUGGAUCUGAAGAUAAUGAGAAGAUUAACUUAAUUCCAGGCUCUGAAGUGACCAAUGCAGAUUGUGCAAUCACUGCUGGGCAACUGGCUCUAUUUCGUCAUUGGAGACUACAUUGAUCAUUCCAAGUAUUUAAGAAUGAAUACAAUUUGCAACAUAUAGUGCAGACCAAAAUUAUAAUUCCCAUAAAUAAUUAAAACCUAUAUAAUUGUGAUAAACUUUAUGUCCACAGGUCUAAUGUCCUAAAUUUUCCUUUUUACAGUGAUCUUGGUGUCAAGUUAAUAAACCAUCUUAUUAGAGAUUUCAUAAUUGGAGUUGUGUAGAUUUUGUGAGAUGUGACUAAACCUUUUGCUCCUCUAAGGAUCAUACCAGGCAACCUGAGAUGCCUUCUUUGAAUAUUUGCACUGACGACUUGAGUGACCUUGGAAUCAGAAUAGCGUAGAACAUAAGGAUGCCAUUUGGCUCAUGGAGUCUAUGGAUUUUUGGAAGAAGAACCCAGCUUGCGGCUCUUUCUCUGUAUUACUUUUUUUUUCUCUUUCAGUAUUUACUCAGUUUUUUUCAAAAUUUACUUUUGAAUCUGUUCCCACUGUCCAGUUCAACAUUGCAUUUCCAAAUUCUAAGCCACUCAUGAAAAAUCAUAUUUUUUUCAGCCUGUGUUGCUUUUGUAAGGGCAUCACCUCUAACCUCUGGUCAUCAGUAUUUCAACCUUUAAAAUAAUUUAUCUUUAUUUACUUGAUAUAAAUGAUUUUGAACACCUCUAUUAAAUUUCCCACAGACCUUUUAAAUGAUCUUCAAACCCAGUCUGGUUGAUGUGAUCUCAACUACUUCAAACUCCAUUUUUAAUUCAUCUUUGUUCUCUGAUUUUUAACUGUCGUGAUGUCUUUUGUAGUUGUUCAUAAUUUUUUUUGUCCAAAGUAAAUAAUUUUAAGCUCCUUUCAUUUAUCCAUUUCUAAGCCUGUGUACUUUUUAAAAAAGAAAUAUUACGAGGAUGCAGAUAUUUUCACUAGGCCCAUAGAUACAUAAUUGACAGGAACAGAGUGAAUUGAAGAAUGAAAGUAACAGUUCCUGAUGUUUUGAAGAUCUCUAGCCACUUCCCAGCCCAUUCCUACUCAUCCUUGAGCUCUGAUUAUUCUGGUGGAGUUAUCCACAGCAGGUACUGGCUGCUGUGGAAACUUACUCAAAUGGCUAGCCUUUUAGUGUGAACCUACAUUGUGAUGUAAUCCAACUCUGCACCACAUUUUUAUGCUCAUACCCUGUUGUUAGCAGAGAUCAGUCGAUAGCAACCAAGACAAGUGAUUGAGAUUUAUUUUGUUUCUCAUUUAAAGCUUUCUUCAGCUGAGAGUUUAAAUCCAGUUAUGUAGCAACUCAACUGCUUUAUUUGCUUUGAAUUUGGAACCUUUCUGCUAAUAAAACAGCAUUCUGUAUAAUGUAAUGUCCUUAUUCAGCUAUUGUGGAAAAGUACAGUGCAGAACUUACAUACAGUGAUGUUUAUGAAGGUGCUAUGUCUGUGUAGGACCUCAGCCCUGCAUCUGUUUCCCUUUAUUUUGAGGUGAUGCCCUCUCAUCCUAGUUUCCAUGAUCUUAUUAAAUGGCAGGGCUGGCUCGAAGGGCCAGAUGGUCUACUCCUGCUCCGAGUUCUUAUGUUCUUAUGUCUUGUGGCUAUAGGGGAAAUGGAACUUAAGAUACUAUUGAGUUAGUAGCCUAGGAUGUCUUAGUGUGAAGCUAUAAUGUGUAUUCUUCAGAUAUCAAAGCUAUUGCCUGGCAGAAGCUCCAACUUAUUAUUAUGCUUGUAAUUCUCAGAUGAACAAAUGAAUGAAUUUAUAAAUUCAAAGUUACAUUUAUGUGACUGAACGUGUCAUUUGUGGCCCACAAUUAUUGUUUUACUUUAGAUUCUAAGAUCAUUUGGCUAGUGAAUUUAUUUUAAUCAUGGGAAGACAGUAUGACCACUCAGAUUAGUCAACUUGUUUGCCAAACAAUGGAAUAAAUUUAUUUUCCAAAUAUUGAUAACUGUGUACAGUAUGGAACAAGUCAUCGAGCAAGUUAACAUUGCUGGGAAAAAGUUGCCAGUGCACCUUGAUAAUAUUUGUAACCAUUCAUUUAUUAACAUACUCUGCCUCCUGUUGCUGUGGCUUUUGCCACCUACUGUGUUCUAGGGAUGUUGCUGAAACUGAGAUUGAGAAUUUUUGACAUGAUUUGAGGAGCAAGGGUCAGACACUGACAAGCUAAUGUCAGUGUAGAAUGUUCAGCUGCUCAAAAUUUAGUCAUGUUUCUUAAGACUGGCAAGGCUAGUACUGCAACAUUGGCUGCUUGCUUUUCUUUGUUGUACCUUUUCUCCCUCCUCCAAAUCACCGGAAGUCAUCUGGAAAUGUGCAUGUGUGAACCUGGAGAUCACAGACUAAAAGGUUAUUUAUGCAGGAAUGGGCAUUUAGAUCAGAAUUUGAGCUUACCUGAUCUUGUGUGUGCAUAGUUGUCAGAUCUGCCUCUCAAGUGGAAAAUUUUCUCUUUUUUUUGCUAGAUUCUACUGCCACCUAGCUUGAAGUUACCAAAAGCAAUUCCAGCAGUCUUACAGUCACAACUUAGUGCACAACAUUGAACUUUCUUCAUCUCUGUAGCCAAUUGAUGUGCUGCAUUUACCACUAAUGUGUAGGUGCUAAUUUAUGUUAACUUUUCCUGAUGACUGCAGGGGGAAAAAAUGAAUCUGUGACAUCAGUACUGGAGUAGGAGACAGUUUUUCUACCUUUAGCAUCCAGUAUCAGCAUCAAAUCUUCACAAAGUCCUGUGUAGAUUGUACAUCAACUCAUUUCCAGCAGAGGAACACUAUUUCUGUUUCUCAUCCACCCCACACCCACCAAAAACAGCAAUCAGCACCACAAAUGCUCCUUUUUAAAGGAGUCUGCAAUGAAACUGAAAGAUCCUUAAACUAACACAAUCCCAUUUCCAUAAACUCAGUAGAAUCUUACACAACUAAGGGGGAGAUGUAGUAAGUUUUAUUUGACACCAUUUCUUGCAGUGUCCACUGGUCGCUGAAACAUUUCAUUUUAGGGCCCUUGAAGUUUAUGGAGAAUGAAAACUUAACUCACAAAUGGGCUGGAUCUGACCCUGUUUCCCUGUGAUGUAAAAGGAAUGUUUUCGUCUUUCCAAGGUUUUCUUAUUACAGCUGAAGAGGAUUUUGUUUUGGCGCUCAAACUGAUUAGCACCCUACUGAUCGUCUUCCAGUCAGCCACCUAAGUAUUUAUUUAAAGGAAUGAUUGCUUUCCCUUCCUACCACAUAAGUUAUAGAUUUGUACAACAGUUCUCUGAAAAUGAGCAUUGAUGGGAUGUGUCUGUAUUACCAAUAGGUUUUCUAAUCAAAUGAUGAAGAUGGUAAUGCUGCUUUUGAAAACAGCAGUGAUAUUUUGUGUAAAGUUAUCAAAGUGCUUUGAAAUCAGGCUCGAAUUCCAGUUUGUGCUGUAUUAGCUUAUUUUAAAUGCCAGAGCAUCAGUGGCCUAAAGAAGGAAACUUCAAUUACAAACUUUACUAUUUGUUGCUAUCUAAUAAUUUGGGUAGAUGUGGCAUAAGUAGUACUGUCACUGGACUAGUAAUUCAGAAGUUCACAAAUUCCUAACUCAUGGUUGCUGGUGAAAUUUUUAUUUAAAGCUAUUAUUAUUGAGAAGUGUUCAGGUGCAGAUUUCAGGAGAGGGCCUAGUUAUAAUGAGUUAAAUAACUUGCUGACACACAUUGUUUAAACAAUCUGUUAAGGAAUUAUCUCUUCAGCAAGUACUGACGGUGAACUUAUUUGUGGAUCUCUACUGAGCAACCAAGAGGAAAAGCAGGAAAAAGAAUCGAGUUUAUCGUAAUUACUAUUUGUAUAUACUGUGCCACAAUGUUGUAACGUUUAGAAAAAAGAGACCAGCUAUGUUCUACACCUGGUAUAUAUUACAAUUUUAUCCUGAUCAAUUGGUGCUAUUUCACUACUGUAAAAAUGAGUGUCAUUACUGUAGCUGUGAAAAAGUUUCAAAGAUGUCAUUUUUAAAACAGAAUAUGUUUGGAAAUUAGUGUUUGAGUUAAUUUACAAUGUUACCUGUUCAAACGCUACAUUUAUGUAUUUUGGAGAUUUUCUUCUUUGAUUUCUACUUUUCACUGAUUUUUAACAGCAUUUGCUAUAUAUAAGUCACUUUAAGGCAACGGUCUCCUUAGAUGAAGAUGACUGGUACUGAGUUUAACCUGAGAGUCUUCGCACCUCAAGUGAGUUUGAGAAUGCAGGGCCUUCAUGGUGACCUUUUGCUAUUAUGGAAAUUGAACUCUCAAUGGCAUCACUCUGCAUUACGAAGCCAACCUCCCCCCACCAUAUUUUUAAAAAAUAAUCUAUAAUCAUUAUUAUUUUCCAAUAGUCUUCCUUUUAUUCAGAUUAACCAUAAUCUAUUUGUUUAUUUGCUUUAAUUUUUACACUAAUAGACAUAAAUAAAAUAAUUUAAGGUGAAGGCAUCUGAAUAUAAUUUCACACUUCUUAUCCAUUCAGUCAGGACUGGAUUUGAAUCUAAGAAUCUUCAUUUACUAACUACUGAAGAUUUUAUGUGAAAGAUUUAGUUAGUUUCAACUGCACAUCAAAUGGGCACAAAAUGAGCCCAUAGCAGAAAUAUGAAAUUUUGUCCUAAUUGUUCUCUAGGAACUCCACAAAAUGGUCAGUACUAGUGGUACAAUCUGAUGUGGAGAUAACAUUUUUGAAGACUGAGGUUACACAUUUGAAGCUGAAUUGUGGCAGUUUAUUUUGCUUUUAGGCUUGCUAAAUCUGAUGUAGGACUAUGUGAAGAAGGUGGAGUACCUUAAAUUUAUAAUGUUGCCUUAGCUAGCACAAUAUCCCUCACUUUAACAUCAAAAUCAUACAAAUUUAUGGCAUAAAAAGAGGCUAUUUGCUCCAUUGCCUCUGUUUUGGCCAUCUAGCAGUCAUCCUGACUAAGCAACUUUGUGGCUCUUGUUAUGUAACCUUGUAGGUUGCACACUUAAGGUGCAUAUUCAAAUACAUUUUGACAAUGUACAGGAAAAGGACCUUGUAUUAGUAGGGAAGUUAUCAAGUUUCAUUUAAAUAGCUUCUUAUCCUCAGGACAUCUGAAAUGUUUGCAUUAAUUAAGUGCUUUCAAAGUAUGUCACUGUUGUAAAACAUAAUGCGAUUUGCACAUUCCAAAAUCCCACAAACAGGGAUGUGAUAACGACCUAAUCUGUCUUUUAAUGGUGGUUAAAGCUAAAUCAUGCUGGGAAGCUGGGGACAAUUUCCCAACAUUUUAAAAUAGUCCCAAGACCUUAUACAUGCUGCAAUCUAUGUUGAGUGACUCCUCUUAGAAACUGUCUAUCUGUUAAAUACCUAACUGUACCAACUAGUAAUGGCCACCAACAGCGGUAGAGAAAGGCAGUAAGCCACCACCUAAUCUUUACCUCAAACAUGAGUCAACACCUUUAGAAUAGUAAAUGGAAACAAAAUCUGCUAAAGAUAAAGUAAUUUUUUUAAAAAAAAAUCAAUAAACAACAUUGAAUGUGGUGUUGUUGUCCAGAAUUGUGUAUUUAUCCCACCAAGCUUCACAGCAAAUACUUCAUUCUUGUCAAUGGAUAUUUCACCAAAUUCAGGAACAUCAUAUGU